GGUGGCUCUGGGUCUGCUGGUUCCGUAACAACAUCCCGUUGGCUUCCCUCAGGCGGCGGGACCUGUGCAGCCGCCGCCUCCCGGGAGCGCCCGCCCGCCCGGGCCCGCGCCCUCCCCGGCCCAGGCCGCCAUGGCCACCAACCCGCAGCCGCAGCCGCCGCCUCCGGCGCCGCCGCCUCCCCCGCCACAGCCGCAGCCGCCGCCGCCACCUCCGGGCCCCGGGGCUGGUCCCGGCGCGGGCGGGGCAGGCGGCGCGGGGGCCGGCGCCGGGGACCCGCAGCUCGUGGCUAUGAUCGUGAACCACCUCAAGAGCCAGGGCCUCUUCGACCAGUUCCGCAGGGACUGCCUGGCGGACGUGGACACCAAGCCUGCCUAUCAGAAUUUGAGACAACGUGUUGACAACUUUGUUGCAAACCACUUAGCAACCCAUACGUGGAGUCCACACCUCAAUAAGAACCAGCUGAGAAACAACAUUAGACAGCAAGUGCUCAAGUCAGGAAUGUUGGAGUCUGGUAUUGACCGAAUUAUUUCUCAGGUUGUGGAUCCUAAGAUCAACCACACAUUCAGACCUCAGGUGGAGAAAGCUGUGCAUGAGUUUUUGGCCACACUAAAUCACAAAGAGGAAGCAAGUGGCAGCACAGCUCCGGAUGAUGAGAAACCAGAUUCUUCCAUCAUUACACAAGGUGUCCCUGCUCCUGGGCCCAGUGCUAAUGUAGCCAAUGAUGCUAUGUCAAUCUUAGAAACCAUAACUUCUCUUAACCAAGAAGCUAGUGCUGCCAGGGCUUCGACAGAAGUGUCCAGUGCCAAGGCCAGUGAGAGAGUAUCCAAAAAACUCCCAUCUCAGCCAAGCACUGACACUAGUACUGAGAAAGAGAGAGCUUCAGAGGACAUGAUUGAUAAAGAAAAAUCUACACCUGAUUCUGCAGGGGAAGGAAUGGAAAUAUCCCCUAAAUCUGAAGAAUUUAAUGAUCUCCCUUGUGCAGUUGAAGAAAUUAAAAAUCACACAAAAGAGAGUAAUAGUUCAAUUCUACUAAAUAAGGAUAUUCAACAGGAAAGUGGUGACCAAAAAAAUAAAUCAACUGACAAAGGUGAGAAGAAAGCAGACAGCAAUGAAAAAGGAGAAAGGAAGAAAGAAAAGAAGGAAAAGACUGAAAAGAAAUUUGAUCACUCAAAAAGGAGUGAAGAUACACAAAAAGUAAAAGAUGAAAGACAACCAAAGGAUAAAGAAGUAGAGUGUUCGAAACUCCCUUCAGAAAAGAACAGCAAUAAAGCUAAAAUCAUUGAAGGGACUAAAGAAGAUUGCUCGUUGAUAGAUUCUGAUGUGGAUGGACUAACAGACAUCACAGUUAGCUCUGUCCAUACCAGUGACCUUUCUUCUUUUGAAGAAGACACCGAGGAAGAAGUUGUAAUGUCUGAUAGCAUGGAAGAAGGAGAGAUUACAUCAGAUGAUGAAGAGAAGAACAAGCAGAACAAAACGAAAACUCCGGCCAGUGAUCCCGGUGAAGGAAAAGCAAAAAGCGUACGGCAUUCUUACGUUCACAAGCCAUAUCUCUACUCAAAGUAUUACAGUGAUUCUGAUGACGAACUUACUGUGGAACAACGGCGUCAGUCUAUUGCUAAAGAAAAAGAAGAGAGGCUUUUAAGAAGACAAAUUAAUAGAGAGAAACUUGAAGAAAAACGAAAACAGAAAGCAGAAAAGACAAAAUCGUCAAAAGCUAAGACUCAAGGCAAAAAUAAUAUGGACUUAGAAGAAUCAUCAACAAAGAGUUCGGAACCUAAAGCCCCCAGAAUUAAAGAAGUCCUUAAAGAACGGAAGGUUUUAGAGAAAAAAGUAGCUUUAAGCAAAAAAAGAAAAAAAGAUUCAAGGAAUGUUGAAGAGAAUUCUAAAAAGAAACAGCAAUCUGAAGAAGAUGCCAAAGAAACCCUUAAAACAAAUGAGCAUUGUGAAAAGGAAAAGGCAUCUUCUUCAAAAGAUUUGAAACAUGUGCAUGCAAAAAAUGAACCAAGUAAACCUGCACGGAGACUUUCAGAGUCUUUGCAUGCAGCUGAUGAAAAUAAAAAUGAGCCCAAAAUAGAAAGAGAACAUAAAAGACGGACCUCUACCCCUGUUGUGGUGGAAGGGACACAGGAAGAGAGUGACACACGAGAUGGAAAAAGACAAAUGGAACGCUCAGAAAGUGGCACAGAAGAGCCCCAGAAACAGAAAAGCACAGUUAAAAAUGAAAAGCAUCUAAAGAAAGAUGAUUCUGAAACACCACAUGUGAAAAACCUACCUAAGAAAGAGGCGAAAUCCUCCAAGGAGAAGCUUGAAAAAGAGAAAACUGUGUCAGAGGACAAAUUGUCUAUGAAACAUAAAUAUAAAGGUGACAGUAUGCAUAAAACAGGUGACGAGACCGAGCUUCACUCUUCAGAGAAAGGGUUAAGGGUAGACGAAAGUAUUCAGAAGCAAAGUCAACAAACAAAGCUUUCUUCAGAUGAUAAAGCUGAACGAAAAAGUAAACAUAGGAAUGAAAGGAAAUUAUCAGUUUUAGGCAAAGAUGGAAAGCCAGUUUCUGAAUAUAUUAUAAAAACAGAUGAGAAUGUUCGUAAAGAAAACAACAAAAAAGAGAGACACGUGUCAACUGAAAAAACUAAGGCAGAGCACAAAUCAAGAAGAUCAAGUGAUUCUAAAAUUCAGAAAGAUUCUCUGAGUUCCAAGCAACAUGGUAUCACAUUACAGAGAAGAAGUGAAAGUUAUUCAGAGGAUAAGUGUGAUACGGACUCAACUAAUUUAGAUAGUAAUUCAAAACCAGAAGAGAUCCUUCACAAGGAGAAGCGAAGAACAAAGAGCUUGUUAGAAGACAAACUUAUGUUAAAGGCUAAAUCAAAAAGUCAAGGCAAACAGUUAAAAGUAGUUGAAACAGAAUUACAAGAAAGCAUCACCAAACAGGCCACCACUCCAAAACCAGAUAAGGAGAAGAACACAGAAGAAAGUGACUCAGAUAGACAGCGAAAGUCUAAAGUUGAGGACAAACCUGAGGAAACUGGUCUUGAACCUGUAUUAGAGAAUGCUGCUUCAGCACAUGGUACCCAGAAGGAUUCUAGUCACAGAGCUAAGUUACUAUUAGCAAAGGAGAAAUGUAAGGGAGAUAAAGAUUCAGUCUCUUCCAGACUUGAGAGAAAGUUAUCAGAUGGGCACAAAAGCAGAAGCUUAAAGCAUAGUAGUAAAGACGUCAAAAAGAAGGAAGAAAAUAAAUCAGAUGACAAGGAGGGUAAAGAAGUUGAUAGUAAUCAUGAAAAGACCAGAGGGAAUAGUUCAGUUCUGGAAAAGAAAUUAAGUAGAAGGUUGUGUGAAAAUCGAAGAGGAAGCUUAUCGCAAGAAAUGACCAAAGGAGAAGAAAAAUUAGCAGUGAACACCUUCGGCACUCCCAGUAGUUCCUCCCUUCAGAGACCAAAAAGAAGUGGUGAUACCACAUUGAUCCCUGAACAAGAGCCAAUGGAAAUUGAUUCUGAGGCAGCUGUUGAAAAUUUGUUUGAAGUAUCUAAAAACCAAGACAGCAGCAGUAAUAGUUCUCAGCAAGACGUUGACUCUGAAAAUGGUAUGAAACAAAAAACUACUGCCACUGUUCUAAAGGAUGAAUUACGAACUUCCACAGUAGAUUCAAAAACAGCAGUUCCAGCCUGUAAAUUGGGACGUGCGACAGGAGUUGUUAGUAAUUCUGAAAAGCACACUGACCAUAAAAUUACUCUGACCAAGAAAGUGCAUAUUGAAAGUGCUGUGUCCAAACCAAAUCCCGGGGAGAAAGAACCCACUCAAGCAACUCAUGAAGUGAAUGUAGACUCUGAAACUAGUCACAGAAUAUUACCUCAUGCCCUUUCAGAAAAUGACAAGGCACAAAAGAAUUUGAAAAACACAACUAAACCCACUGAAGAACAUAAUGCUCAAGGAGAUGCUGCUGUUGAACAUUCCACAAAUUUAGACCCCUCACCAUCCUUAAGUUCAGUGACUGUUGUGCCUCAGAAACAAUCUCAUGAUUCAGAUGCAAUUCCUUUAGUGGACAAAAGAACUGUUUUAGAAGGUGGCACAGCUAGCACCUCACCUGUGGACCACCCUCAUAUUCCUAGUCAAAGUUUGGCUGUUAGGGAAUCAGAAGCCCCUGGGACAAGUGACAGCAAAGAAGGAGGUACAGUUUCCACAGUAGAUACACCAGCAAAAGCAAGCAUAGAUAGCAAAAGACACAUUCCAGAAGGUUACCAGGCCACUGUACUGGAGAAUAAACAAGGGAAAGUAAAUAUGCCUCUUGGCAGUGAGUUCACAGACGUGAUUAUGGAAAAUGAGAAUGUUCACAAAGUACGUGGCUUGAUGGACAUGGCCCAGAAAGAUGACUUAAUUACAGAGCCCAGUUCAAAGCAGACAUUUAGAGCUGCAGUAGAAAAUGGUACAAAGAAUGGCAUUGCUGUUGACCAUGUGGUAGGCAUGAGUACAGGAAAAGAUACUGAAACUAUUGAACUGAGGCAUAGUCGAGGCCCAGGUGAAGUAGAAAACAUGUCAAUUGAUGUUGAAAGACGGAAUGAAAACAGUGAGGUAGACACCAGUGCUGGAAGUAACACCACAUCGUCUGUUUUAGAACAAAGGAAUGGAAAAACUGAGAAUGUGACGACUGGGUCUGGUAGAGCAGAAAAGACUUCUGUUGCCACUAGCACUGAAGGGAAGGACGACAAUGUUAACUCAAUUCCGGUAAAAGCAGGGGAUGCUACAACCACUUCCUCAGAAACAGGAGAGGGUGAGGUGGCUGUGCCUUGCACAAGCAUUGAGGCAGAUGAAGGCUUCAUAACAGGUGCCUGCUGCAGAAACAAUCCUCUUCACAUUGGGGCAGAAGCCAGCGAAUGCACUGUUUUUGCUGCAGCUGAAGAAGGUGGCGGCAUUGUCACAGAAGGAUUUGCUGAAAGUGAAACUUUCCUUACAAGCACCAAGGAAGGAGAAAUUAGAGAGUGUACUAUGGCUGAAUCUGAAGAAGCUGCAGCAGACCCAGUGACUGCUCACACUGUUAAAAUUGAAGACAAUGUCAAUAGCGUUGUGACAGAAGAGAAAGAUGAUGCCGUAACCAGUGCAGGCUCUGAAGAAAAAUGUGAUGAUGGUUCUUCAAGUAGAGACUCAGAAAUAGUUGAAGGAACUGUUACUUUUAUUAGUGAAGUUGAAAGCGAUGGAGCGGUAACAAGUGCUGGGACAGAAAUAAGAGAGGGAUCCUUAGGCAGUGAAGAGGUAGACGGAUUCCAGAGAAAUACAAUGAGAAUGGGCUGCACAAAAGAAACUGAAGGGACUGUGACGUGUACAGGAGCAGAAAGGAGAAGUGAUAACUUUGUUAUGUGCUCAGUAACUGGUGCAGGGCCACAGGAGGAGCGCAUGGUUACAGGUGCAGCUGUGAUCCUGGUAGAUAACAACACACCACCAGGAACAAGUGCCACCCAAGAAGGAGAUGGUUCCGUGAAUGAUGGUACAGAAGGUGAAAGUGCAGUCACCAGCACAGGGAUAAUGGAAGAAGAUGGAGAGGGGCCAGCAAGUUGCACAGGUUCAGAAGAGAGCAGCGAAGGCUUUGCUAUAAGUUCUGAGUCAGAAGAAAAUGGAGAGAGUGCGAUGGACAGCACAGUAGCCAAAGAAGUCACUAAUGUACCAUUAGUCGCUGCUGGUCCAUGUGAUGAUGAAGGCAUUGUAACCAGCACAGGUGCAAAAGAGGAAGAUGAUGAAGGCGAGGGUGUCGUGACUAGUACCGGAAGAGGAAAUGAAGUUGGGCACGCGUCAACUUGCACGGGGAUAGAAGAAGAGAGUGAAGGGAUAUCAAUUUGUGAAAGUGCAGAAGAAGGAGACAGUCAGAUUGGUACUGCAGUAGGGCAUGUGGAAGCUGAGGCUGGAGCAGCCAUCACCAAUGCAAAUGAAAGUAAUGUUGAUAGCAUGACUGGUGCAGAGAAGGAAAUUAAAGAUACAGAGAUCUGCUCCAGUGCAAAAGGCAUGGUAGAAAGCAGUGUGACCAGUGCAGUUUCAGGAAAGGGUGAAGGGGCACCAGUGCCUGAAGGUUGCGAGGGUCCCAUGACUAGUGUGGCUUCAGAUCAAAGUGCCAGUCAGCUCACCAGAAAAGAAAAAGUUGAAGAUACCCCUAUUUCCACUGGCCUUGUCGGGGGCAGUUAUGAGGUACUUGUAUCUGGUGCAGUCCCAGAAUAUGAAGUUCAUCACACAUUGCCAAGUGAGAAAGAAGAUGAAGGUAUCAUCACCUCUGUGGAAAAUGAAGAAUGUGAUGGCCUCAUGGCUACUACAGCCAGUGACAGUAUUACCAACCAAACUUGUUUAGGUGGGGGCAAAAGUCAAGGCAAAGGCUUGAUGAUUUCCACCAGUACAACAAAUGAUUGCAUCACUCAGUUAAGCAUGAUUGCAGACGUGGAAGGUCAUUCAAGUGCUCUGAGAACUGAAGAAAAUAUGGAAGGAACCAGAGUAAACGUGGAAGAAUUUGAGGCCCCAAUGCCCAGUGCAGUUUCAGGAGAUGAGAGCCAGCUCCCUGCUACAAGAACUGAAGAGAAAGAUGAGUGUGCCAUGAUUUCCACAAGCAUAGGGGAAGAAUUUGAAGUGCGUAUUUCCAGUGCAACAACCAUCAAAGAUGCUGAAAGUCAGCAGACAGUUGCAACAGUUGAAGAAAGAGCUAAAGGUCCAAUGUUGGCAAGCACUGAUGACUUUGAGGGGCCCAUGCCCAGUGCACCCACAGAAGUUGAUAGUCCUCUUGCCUCAACCAGCAAGGAGGAGAAAGAUGAAUGUGCUCUCAUUUCCACCAGCAUAGCAGAAGAAUGUGAGGCCUCUAUUUCUGGUGUAGCUGUAGAAAAUGAAAAUGAGCAAUCUCUUACAGUCAUGGAAGAAAAAGAUGGGAGUGCUGUCAUCUCAACAAGCUCAGUAGAAGACUGUGAGGGUCCAGUGUCCAGUGCUGUCCCUCAGGAAGAAGUUCAUCCCUCAGUCACACCAGUGGAAGAGAUAAGUGACACCACCAUGAUUUCUACAAGCACCACUGAAGGAUGUGAAGCAGUCAUGAUGGGUGCUGUCCCACCAGAUGAAGAUCAGCCCACUGUUGCAAGAAUGGAGGACUUGAGUGAUGCUGCCGUCAUCUCCACGAGCACAGCCGAAUGUGUGCUGAUUGUCACUGGCCUAGACAGACACGAAGAGAAUCGGCUGACUGCAGACAACCCAGAAGGAAAACAUGACCUGUCGGCUGCAAAGGCAAGCAAGUAUGAGGUCCCUAUGCCCAGCCUAAUUGCUGAGAACAACUGUCAGCAUCCUGGGCCGUUCACGGGAGGAAGAGAAGUGGGCCCUGUGAUGGCAGUGAGCUCCAAGGAAGGGCGUGACAGCACAUCAAUCAGCGUGCUCUCUGCAGAGGGAGGCCAGCCAGGUGCUGUGUGUACACAAGAGAAAGAGAGGCAUGGCAAAGACUGUCUUGGCAAAGUAUCUCCUACAGGAAGAGGACAGAAUGCAAGCACCUUGCCCCUCGUAAAUGCAGAAGAGAAGAGUGUCCAGUUGAGCUCUGUUGAGAGGGAAGAUAAAAGCCCUGAGGCAGGGACAGCAGGGGACAGUACCACAGGGAGCUGUUCAGCAGAGAGGGGCGAGGAGAGAAGUGCUGACUCACCUGUCCAUCUGAGAGGACCUGAGCAAACAUGUGGGCAGAUGGCUGAAGACUCCGCCGUCAGUAUUGGCUGUUUGACAGCAAAACAUACUGGUGCUAUAGAAGCUGGUGACAUGCCACAAGUCAAAGACGCUGCAGCGGAGCCGUCAUCACCUCCUCCUGACCAACAGAGGCCUGAGGGCAACUUGAAAACCACCGUCACUGAAUGUAUUAAUGGCCAAGAAUCAGAAGUUGCUCCUUCCCACACAACAGUCCUUCCAGCUGCCUUCGAUGUAGCUCUUUCAGCUCCUAAAUGUGAGCAGAACCUGACCAUAGAGAGUGAUCACAGUGGCACAUGGACUGUUCAAGUGUCUGCUGAAAAAACUGGAGAUGGUAACGGCAUGACAAAGUUACUCCAGGAGGAAGGAGACCUGGAGGUCACUGUUUCUUCUCAAGAAAAUUUGUGCAACAAAGGCAAUGAAGAGUCUCCAACAAAUGUUUUGGGAGGAUUGGAACUGAAAGCCAACUUGAAAACUGAGACAUUUGUACCAACAGAGGAAGAGAAAAAUCCUGAAAUUCUAGCACCACCGGAAAGUCCACGUGGGAAAAAGUCAAGUGGACUAGCCAAACUACAGAGGGAGCCUUCUUUGGUGAAUGAAUCACUGAAUGUCGAAAAUUCAGGCUCAAGAACAAAUGAAGAAAUUCAUAGCAAACCUCAUAACAAAGAAGAGAUAUCCAGUGGUAGAAAAGAUAGCACAGAAGUCGUAAGGGGUCAUAGUGUUGAAGCAAAUCCUAAAGAGGUUGAAGAGGAAGAAAGGCAUAUGCCUAAAAGAAAAAGAAAGAAGCAUUACCCCUCUUCAGAAGAUGAACUGGAUGAUAAUCCAGAUGUCCUGGAUUCCAAAAUAGAAACAGCACAGAGGCAGUGUUCUGAAACUGAACUACAAGAUGCAAAGGAAGAGAACUCUGGGGAUUUGGAAGAAUUAUCUAAACCAACUUCUAAGACAAACAGCACUGCUUCAAGGUGCAUGGAAGAAAAAGAUGAAUAUAGCAGCAGUGAAGCUGCUGGUGAAAAGACGGAGCAGAAUGACGAUGACAACAUAAAAUCUCAGGAGGAAGAUCAGCCAGUAAUUAUUAAAAGGAAAAGAGGACGACCUCGUAAAUACCCUGUAGAAACAGCAUUAAAAACAAAAGAAGACUGCAAAACAGAUACUGGCAUUGUCACUGUGGACCAAUCUCCACCUGGCGGCAAACUGAAAGUAAUGCAAACAGAUGAGUCCAAUAAAGAAACACCUAACCUACAGGAAAGAAGUAUAAGCAAUGAUGAUGGUGAAGAAAAAACAAUAGCAAGUGUGCGUCGGAGAGGAAGGAAGCCCAAGCGUUCGCUCACUUUAUCAGAUGAGGCUGAAUCCUCAGAACCAGAAAGAAAACGCCAGAAGUCAGUUUCUGAAGCAACUGAGGACAAGAAAGACCAGGAGUCUGAUGAGGAAGAGGAAGAGGAGGAAGAGGAUGAGCCCUUGGGAGCCACCACAAGGUCCAGCACUAGAUCCGAGGCUCAGAGAAAGCAUCAUAGCGAGCCACCUGCACGUGCAACAUCCAAACCUGGCAACCCAGAAACGGUUUCUCCUAGAAAUCGCCAAAAAUUAGCAAAAGAGAAGUUAUCUACCAGCGAGAAAGUUAGUAAAUCUCCCCCAUUAGGAAGAUCCAAGGCACAGCUCUCCCCUCCUACCAAGCGCAAGAGAGAAGUCAGCCCUCCUGGGGCGCGCACGCGAGGCCAGCAGAGAGUGGAGGAAGCCCCUGUGAAGAAGGCAAAGCGAUAAUCCUGAGAACCCUCACCGCAGCUGCUCCUGGCUUGUCGGGGACACAGUGGAGAGAAGGGGGACGAGCCUUAGGGGCCACAGGCUUUUUUUUUUAACCAGGGAAAGGACGUGCAUGUGCUCUAAGUUCCUAGGUGCAAGCUUUUUCUUGUUAUGUUUUAAACAGCUUUAUAAACUAUUGUUCAUAGAAGAUAUUAUGUACAUUUAUUUCAGAUAAAGGAAAAUAAGUUUACUUUGUAUCUAAACUCAAAACAAAGUAGUUGUAUAUUUUAACAUUUGAAAUUGGGAUUUCCCUAUGCGACACAUCACUAAUGCAACCCUCCCAGCCCAUCAGACACCAGGCUGCGUCCUGGUGAUCUGUGUACAGUAUAUAAACAUGUAAAAAUAGGUUGUAUUUUACUCUAUGUAUGAUGCUAAUCAAUGAACACUUUAUUUAUUUUACAGAGAAAACUUAUCUGUGAACUUUACUAUAUAUCUGUUUAUUUUAUUUUAUUAUUUUUUUUAAUAAAAAAAGGGUUUUAAAUGCUAUGCAGUCAUUAGUAGAAAUGUUUUAGGACUCUGCCUGCCCUGUAACUAUCUGAAUAUGAUCUGGCAGGAAAUACAAAAUCUUUUCGCAUGUAUCCAAGUAAAGUAGUUUAGCUCAAGAAAGGAUCUCCAUUGCUUUUCUGUUCACAGGUGUGACUGUUUUUUAAGAAUGUACUUGUUUUUAGAUUAUACCCGCAUCAGUGACUUUUCUACCAUCCCCUCUGGCGUAGGAGGUCCCGGUUCAGGGAAAGUCACAUCCUGACCCUUUACCUGCGGCAGCAGCCCCUCCACCCGUGUUUGUACCUCUCCUCUGUACUCCUCUGAGGCGUCUCCCCUGUUCUUUCCAUGUCGUCUUUUCAGUGAAGACAAAUGCAUUGACAUUAGGUCACUUCUAUCUAUCAAGCUUCAGGAUUUUAUGUUGUUUUAUACACAAUUAUUUCAGGAUAGAAACUGGCUUUACUGCCAGAUUCUUUUUUAAACAUGUUUUAACUCACAUAUGAGCAAACUGUCCAACUUAAGUUUUUCAUAAGAUUAAACUUUUCUUAAGAUCAAAUUUGUCUCUAGCAAUGAUGUGAUGAGUUGCCAAAUAAUUGAGAUUAUUUUAAAAUGUUUUGUUCAUAUUCUUGUUUUGUAAUUAAAAUUUACAUUCAGUGUG